AUGGCAAGCUCAUCCCGCUCAGCUUCUUCGCCGUCUUCGGCUACGGCGGCUGGAGCCACCCACCUAGAUCCAGGCUUCGCCCAGCAAUCGACCGAGACGCUCCAGCAGCUCGUCGCCGCAACCGUGGUGCCCGCCUCGUCUCCCAAGGCAUCCUUCUCCAACUGGGGCCGCUCCUUUUCCUGCAAGCCCGCUCGCGUCUUUGCCCCCACGACGAUAGCCCAAUGCGCUGCGAUUGUCGAGCUGGCACGGAGAGAGGGCGUACAGCUGCGACCCAUUGGACGCUCACACAGCCCGAGCGAUCUUCAGCUCACCAAGGCCUGGGCGAUGCGCAUGGAGGGCCUCAGCGGCAUCCUUUCGAUCGAUUCCGCGGCACCAUCGGUCACUGCGCUGGCAGGAACCUACAUCUCGGACAUCCACGAGGCCCUUGACGCCGCCAGCCCUCGGCUCGCCAUGUGCAACGUCGGCUCCAUCUCGGAGCAGACCAUUGGCGGGCUGGUCUCGACCGCCACCCACGGAACCGGCAUCGCGUUCCCUAUCGUGUCCGCCUACGUCGAGCGCCUCACGAUCCUGUGCCCUGUCGGCCAGGGGACGGUCCACCUCACCUGCAGCCGCGACGAGCUGCCCGAGCUCUUCAACGCAAGUCUAUGCGGACUUGGUACGACGGGCCUGAUUACCACUGUCACACUGCGGGUUGAGAAGGCGUUCAACCUCAAGCAGUACUCGGAGGAGGUUCCCUUUGACACGAUAUUCGGACCCAAGAAUGGGUUCCCUGCCACCGCCGCCGGCUCGAAGAACUCGGGUGCGGUAGGCAAGCUCCUCUUUCAGGGCAAGAAGCUGCCUCCCGUCCGCCCAGAGUAUCUGCCGGCGUACAGAAGCGCAGAUCCCUCGCACAUCUACCCGCUGCCGGCCGACGCCUACGCCGCGGCGGACCGACUGUCCCGCUCCGAUCCUGAAGAUGACGAGGCUACAAGGGCCGCCCAGGCCAAGCUCGAGGCGGUCGUCGACUCGGCGCAGCACGUCAGGCUGAUGUGGUUCCCGCAGGUGGGCAUGAUCACCAUGCUGCAGGCCAACCGCUCGACAGAGCCCGCCACACCAGCUCCAUCGCUUCCGACCAGGCUGAAGGCGUCGCUCAUCGGUCACCGCCUGACUGAGCUUCUGCUCUACCUUGGACGCUUCGAUGGCCGCCUGACGCCGACGGCUGUGCGAUGGAUCCACUACCUCACCCACCCGACGAUGCCCAAGGCUGUCGAGGCAGGCGAGCAGCCGAGGGCCAAGGUUUCAGCGACGACCGAGGCACCCGCGGUGCUGCCGAGAGCGAACACGAACGCUCGUCAGCAGGACGAGUCGGACGGCGCAAGCUCGGCGCAGAACAGCGCUGCGGAGCUCGUCAAGGAGCUCGGGCGGGGACUGGACCUCGAUGCUGGCGCGGCGAGCGUUGGCUGGACGACCGAGGCCGUCGGAGGCGGCGCUCCCCGUGCGUCGUCGUCGUCGACGGGCCUCGGACAGACGUUUGCGCUGGACCCGCCGGCGCCGCAGCCGCUUGGCGGCCACCAUCCCGUGUCGGCGGUGGUGGGUCGCUCGGACCGGAUCUUCAACAUGGACUGCCUCUUCCCGCAGUACACCGACGAGUGGGCGAUUCCGUUUUCGCGGGCGGCUGCCGUGAUCCGGGCGAUGCGCGACUGGCUCGACGAGGAGGAGGCCAACAACGAGGGCGAGCGCAUCCACUUCCCCAUCGAGAUCCGCUUCACCGACGGCGACGGCGUCUGGCUGAGCCACGCCCAGGGGCGCAAGACGUGCUACAUUGGUCUGGUCCAGUACCGCCCGUACAACCGGCCGGUGCGCUACCGCCGGCUGUUUGCCAAGUUCGAGACGCUGAUGCGCCACUAUGCCGGGCGGCCGCACUGGGCCAAGGCGCACACGUGCUCGCCCGCCGAGCUGGCGCAGCUCUACCCGCACUGGGGCGACUUUCUGGCCACGCGCGACGCCUACGACCCGGACCAGAUCUUUGUCAACCCAUACAUUGAGCGGCACCUGCUGGGCAAGGUGGGCGAGCAGGCCGACUCGAGGGUGUUUAAGAGCCGGCUGUGA